AUGCCUCAAUCCACCUCUACCGCGCCCCAGGAGAGAGCCCAGCCCUGGAAGGCGAUGCAGGAAGUCCAGAACCUGUUCAAGCCCGAGGUGCCCGCCGCUGCUGAAAACGCCGACAAGGCCGAAGAAGAAGAGCCCUUGAAGCUCAACUUGCUCCGUGCUCAGUUCAACUCUGCCAGAUCCAACAUUGCCAAUGUGGAGGAGAAGCACUAA